GAAGAUGAAGGUGGAUGAUUGGAAAGCCCACGUAACAUCACUCCAAGCAGCACAAUCUGGCAUGCCACCGCCACCAAAAGAGGCGCCUCCGCCCCCGCCACUCGAUACUGGGCUCACCCCGAAACAAGAAAUGAUGCUACUAUCCCAUCUCAUAACCCCUCAAAAAGGCCUGGAGAAGUUCGGCUACGUCACGAGCGUACCAAGCGAAGCAGAAAUCGAGCAGGCCAAGGCAGGCAAUGCCGCCAGUGAUGGCUGGGAGAAAUGCGAUCGCUGCAGCACCCGUUUCCAGGUCUUCCCUGAUCGACGUGAAGAUGGCGCUCUUACCAGUGGCAAGCAGUGUGCGUAUCACUGGGGCAAACUUCUACGGCCAGCAUACAAAAAGACUGAAGCAAUUACCGGCCGGGCUGAGCCAACAUAUACAUGUUGUCAUGAAUUAGGUGGAAGCCCAGGUUGUACUGUAAAGGACACGCAUGUGUUCAAGAUCAGCGAAGCAAAGAGGUUGGCCAUGGUGCUGCCGUUCAUCUCGACUCCUCCAAACCCCAAAGCCAGGAAAGAUCAGGCAGUCAGCUUUGACUGUGAGAUGGGAUACACUGUAUACGGGUUUGAGCUUAUUCGCUUGACUGCAACCUCUUGGCCAGAUGGGGCGCCGCUCAUUGACGUCCUUGUCAGGCCACUUGGAGCCGUUUUGGAUCUCAACACUCGUUUCUCUGGUGUAUCACCCGAGCUCUUCUUUAACGCUUUGGAUUAUGACGCGAAGGAUUCCUUGUCAUCAAGUCAUGCAGGAGCAGGUGAUGCAGAGAAGCCCACGCUCCGGAUCGUUAGCAGCCCUGUCAGAGCACGAGACUUGCUUUUGUCACACAUAUCUCCGGAAACACCGUUGAUAGGACAUGGAAUAGAGAACGAUCUCAACACGGUGCGCCUUGUACACCCCGCCAUUGUUGAUACGACGGCGCUGUAUCCACACCCAAGAGGCCUUCCUUUCCGUUUAAGUCUUAGGCACCUGACCAAACAGAUGCUUUCCAGGGAGAUCCAAACGGCAGGUGCGGCGGGACAUGACAGUUUGGAGGAUGCGCGAGCAACAGGAGAUCUAGUACGGGUCAAAGUGGGCAAGGAGUGGAGGAAGCUCAAGCAUGAUGGCUGGACCGUCAUUGAAGAAGGCUUCUGUCCGCCCGUGCCUCCGGGAUCAGGAGGGGUGCCGAAGCCAGCUGACCUACCGACUCUUGGUUCGGCGGUGUUGGGCAAGACUUUGAAGAAAAGAAAAAGGACACAGACUGAAGGAGCGGAUGAUGAGGCUGAGGACAGUCCGGGGCGUUGAUGCCACGGCAUAACGGAUUGGAAGGAAUAAUGACCGAGUUCAGGUUAUCGGGUUGCACCAGCGAUGACGGAAUAUUGUUUUAUUUUGGCGUGGGCACCUAGGGAAGCGAGCACUGGCGUUGGAGGAGCAAUGUUACGAAAAGCAACGGGAGGUUCCAGAACAUGCAAAAGCCUGUUUUUGUACAGAUCAGCGCUCAGCUCCCGCGCGGACGGUGAGGGAGUGGCGCAAUUGGGAGGAUGCCCAGAAGCGCCGCCUACCCCAGAUUCUGAGGACCCUGGGGCAGAUCUCGAUGCGCGUCAGGGCGUGCGUAGGUCUAACGUCACCCCGCGUGCUCGAAAACAAGCAUUGAGGGCGAUGC